AUGUUUGCAAGUAUCAUCACUACUACUCUGUUCUUCUGGACUAUUAGUGUCACAAUAUCCUUGAGGCCGCUGUUCAUUAAUCAGCAAACGACUUUUUCAGAACGACGCUCAUUAAUAACUUUUGAUGACAUAACAAAUACUACUGAUACACCAGGAGUUCCAGUACCUAGCAACUAUGGUGGUUUAAAUUGGGAAAAUGUUUUGGUUUUGAAUGGUUUAAAUUUUAGCAAUCCAGGUACUGGCUAUAGAACGGGUGUUGUUAGUCCACCGUAUCUUGCUUUUAAUGGAUAUGGUAGUCCAAUGACUAUCGAAAGUGCAACUGCAAGUACAUUAUUUACAGCACACUCAUUUUAUUCUUGUGCAGUUUGGUACGAUAACAUAACACUGGCAAUGGUUGGUUCAAGAUCAGGCACCAUUUUGUUUACGAAAACAGUAUCACUAUUUAUACAAAAUAGAACCUUGGUUGAACUCAACUGGCCCAGAAUCGAUAGCAUACAUUUAACUUCGAUUUGUGAUUGGUGCUGUGAUGCGAAACACUUCACAAUGGAUAAUCUAGUUGUUACAUUCUAA